AUGCAACAGGGGCUUUUUGAUGCAACAGGAUGUGUUUUGUUCUGUGAACAGCAGAGAGUCUUUGGAGCAGAAGUGGUCAGAGUUAAAGCAGGAGACAGCAUCACUCUCUACUGUGACUGUGUCAUACCAUUAGGAUCACUGAUUGUUUGGUUGAGAAACUGCUCACAUGAGCAUCAACCAUCUCUGUUAAUAGAGACUGAAAACCUGUUCCAGGAGACAUUUCCACGUUUUAGUUUCGUGCUCAACAGCUCCAGUAACUCCUAUGAUCUACACAUUACAAACGUCAGUGUCUCUGAUGAGGGAAUAUACUACUGUGCGAAAACAGAAAAUAAAAUAAGUGAAGAUGUAAACGGCAUCAUAAAUAAAAAAUCUGAGUACGUGUAUGGAAACUUGACAACUCGUCUAUCUGUCUUGGAGCCAGUGUGUCCUGGUUCUGAGCGGUUCAACACCUCCUCCACACCUCCUGCAUCAGACUGUGUGCUCUGCUGGACGCUGCUGUUCAGUGUGUGUCCAGUGUGUGUUCUCCUCUUCUCCAUCUGUGUGUACUGCACCUGUCAGAGGAAAACUACAGAUUCUGUCGCUGAAACACAAACUGAGAACAGAUAUGUUGAGGGUGGUGGUGAAUUAUGUUAUGCUUCAUUGGACAUGCCUUCCAUACGGCGGAAAAAGCUGAAGAAAAAAACAGUUCAGCGUUCAGACUUCAGUGUUUAUUCUGAGGUCCGAGCCAACAGAACAUAAAAGAAAUGUUGUUCAGUAGUAAUUUGCACCGGAUGGUUUUAAGAAUAAUGAGACAAAUUAUAUUCUUUGUGGCAUUUUCUCCUAUGGCAUCCAAUUUGGUUUUAUUCCCCCAAACAGAAACCUUUAUUUUUAUU